UAAUAUGUGCUGGAACUCUGGAACUGACUUAACAACAACUUGGUUUCAAGAAUCUGAUCUUUCCCGUGUCCGACUACGUAUGCUGGUCUACAUUCUGGCUAGAAUGACGACGUCAGCUGCAAAUUGACAAUGCUGUUACAUUGUAAUAAAUCCAUGUUUUCUUGAUUUGUGUGACUUGACAUGACAAGUAAACGUAAAUAAACAAUCGUGGUGGCAUCACGUUCGCAUGGAUAACACAUUUUAUGAACUAAAUGCGUCGACUGUAGAAUAGUAGUCACGUGACCUCCGUACAGGGCCUGCUGUCUGUUUUCAGCGGAGGGAGAGAUCCGAAGAAAAAUGGCGACUGCAGGCGACCUAAAGCGGGAAGCCGGCCAUUCUAUUUGAACUUUCUACUAAAAAUUGAGCCCGGGGCUUGGUGGGGCUAAUUGAGACUAUCGCGACGUUGGUUAGGGUUUCCAAGGGUGCCCGUUUUUUCGGGUUUGCGUGGACUAGUCGCGCGCUAAAAUUGAAAUAAAAAAUAAUACAUCUGCUACAAUGCGAGGGAGAAGAGGAAGGCCGCCUAAACAGGCAGCGGAGAUGCAGGAGGUUUCCCCUGGGCCAGUUCGCGGUUCGAGAGGGAGAGGGAGAGGUAGCCGUGGUAGGGGAAGGGGCCGAGGACGUGGCCGCGGACGAGGCUCGGUGGUGGAUACCGGUGAUACAGAAAUUCAUCGGAGAGAGAACUACCAUUCGUCCAGGGGCCGGAGGAAAGUUGGAGCAGCGACGACAUCGCGGGGCAGAGGAAGAGGCAGGGGUUCGAGAGGUGGUCGGGGGAGACGGCCACUGUGCAAGGUGGUCUACGAUGACAAUAGCGACGAGGAAGAGGACAAUAUUAGUUUGAGGUCGGAGGAAGACGAACUUUUACACGAGAAUCCCUCAGACUACGAAGAGGAGGCCGUGGGCAAUGAGUCCGAUUUUCUGGAAGAAUUACCAGAUGAGGAUGAUGCUAGCUACUGUACAGAGAGCAGCUUUCGGAGCCAUGAUAGCACGCACGGCAGCACUCCAGGCCGGAAGAGCAGACGCCCACACCGGCCCCGCUCGCCCAUCUUCGAAGCCAAGGAGGUGCCCCCCCUUGAGCUGCCCAAGUCCUCAGAGGACCUUUUGGUGCCGGCCAGUCAGCUCCUCAACAUCUCGGCCGUCUAUGAGGUGCUGCGCAACUUCGGCUCGGUCCUGCGCCUCUCGCCGUUCCGCUUUGAGGACUUUUGUGCAGCGCUGGAGGGCCAGGAGCAGUGCACCCUGCUGGCUGAGACCCACACCGCCCUGCUCAAGGCCAUCCUGCGCGAGGAGGACACAUCCAACACCACGUUCGGUCCUGCCGACCUCAAGGACAGCGUCAACUCCACGCUCUACUUCAUCGACGGCAUGACCUGGCCCGAGAUGGUGCGCGCCUACUGCGAGAGCGACCCAGAGUACCGCCAGGUGCUCCCUUUACUGGAGGGCGAGGAGUACCCCUACGAGCCCCUCGAGAGCAAAAUUAAGGUCCUUCAAUUUCUCGUGGACCAGUUCCUGGCCACCAACCUGGCUAGAGAAGAGUUGAUGUCGGAGGGGGUGGUGGCGUAUGACGACCACUGCAGGGUGUGCCACCGGCUGGGGGACCUCCUCUGCUGUGAGACGUGCUCGGCCGUCUACCAUCUGGAGUGCGUAAAGCCGCCACUGGUGGAGGUACCCGAGGACGAGUGGCAGUGCGAGGUGUGCGUGGCACACAAGGUGCCCGGCGUGGUGGACUGUGUGACGGAGGCACAGAAGAGCCGACCAUACAUCCGCCAGCUGCCAAUCGGCUAUGACCGCCACCGCCGCAAGUACUGGUUCCUGGACCGCCGCAUUGUGGUUGAGGAGGACGGUGAGCAGGAGGACAAGACCAUCUGGUACUACAGCACCAAGGUGCAGCUGGCUGAGCUGAUCGACUGCCUGGACAAGGGUUACUGGGAGGCCGACCUGUACGCCACGCUGGAGGAGAUCAGGGACGAGGUGCACACGCACAUGGACAUCACCGAGGAGCUCACCAACAAGGCCCGUGGCGUCAACAAGUGCUUCCUUACCGCCGCCAACGAGGAGAUCCUGAACCGGCUGAGGGCCAAGCAGGAGCAGGAGCUGGAGGAGAUGAAGCGCCGGGCGGCCGAGGAGAGAGUGAAGGCGGAGGCGCAGGGAACUCUCCGGAAGGAGGAGGAGACGGAGGAGGCGGAGCCAAAGGAGAAGACUGACGACCUAGAGAAGAAGGGAGAGGAGGAGGGAGCAGGGGAGGGUAAAGCUGAGAAGGACAAGGCGACCAAAGAGGGGACUACCAUCACAGCCGAGCUGGCUCCUUCUACUGGAGACUGCUCCAUCCCUGAGGGGAGUAAGCCUGAUCUCCCGGCUCCACAACCCACCCUCCCCGCAACAGAGGCCCCCAGCCCUGCCGUGGGGGGGCAAGACCUCCCUACCGGGGCCCGAGAGCCUGGGGACGAGGCCAAAACCAACAUCGAGGGCGUGCAGGAGGCUGAAGAAAAGGCACGUUCUGAGUCUAGCUCUCCCAGGGGAGAGGGGGUCCCCAGCCUGAGCCAGCCCCCUCCUCCCAGUGGUGAGGAGAACAGUAACAGCAGCACCGUUGCCAGGGAGGCCCCCAGGGUCCCGGAAGAGCCCGACCUGGCUGACAGGUCCUCUCAGUCCUCUAUCAACAGCCAGGACGACCAGGGAGUGAAUGGCGAGGCCGGUGGAAAGCGGUCGGCAGUCACGCCGGGGGGCCGCAUGGUGACCCGCCUGCGUAACCCGGAGAGUAAGCUGAGCCAGCUGAAGAGCAAGAAGGUGGAGGAAGCCGUGAACGAGGCCAACAAGGGCUACAAGGAGGGCAAAGAGGUGCUGGUGGUGACCCCGGCGGGCGACGUGUCGCGUCUCAGCACCCGCAGCCUAACAAGCAAGGAGGUGGUGAUGAAGGGCACACUCAGCCACUUCUUCAAGCUGGGCCAGGAGGGCAAGUACCGCGUCUACCACAACCAAUACAGUGGAAAUACGCUGGCCCUCAACAAGCCCCAGCACCGGGAGGACCUGGACAAGCGGCGACACCUCUCGCACAAGUUUUGCAUGACGCCGGCAGGCGACUUCAAGUGGAACGGCUCCAUCCACGGCUCCAAAGUGCUGACCGUCUCCACGCUGCGCCUCACCAUCAUCCAGCUGGAGACCAAUGUGCCCGCGCCCUUCAUGCACCCCAACUGGGCCUCACACAGGAACAACUGGAUUAAGGCGGUGCAGAUGUGCAGUAAGGCCAGGGAGUUUGCCCUGGCCAUGGCCAUCUUGGAGUGUGCCAUCAAACCUGUGGCCCUGCUCCCUGUCUGGAAGGACUCUCUGGGACACACUAGGCUACACCGUAUGACGUCCAUGGAGCGGGAGGAGAAGGAGAAGGUGAAGAAGAGGGAGAAGAAGCUGGAGGACGAGGAGACCAUGCAGCAGGCCACCUGGGUCAAGUACACCUUCCCCAUCAAGCACCAGGUGUGGAAGCAGAAGGGAGAGGAGUAUCGCGUGACGGGCUGGGGCGGCUGGAGUUGGAUCAGCAAGACUCAUGUGCACCGCUUCCUGACCAAGCUGCCUGGCAACACCAACGCCAACUACCGCGCCGAGCUGGAAGCUGCCAGACGUGGCGAGAAAUGCAACCUGCUGGACUUGGGCCCAAGGCCAAGGUUGUUCAAAACAACUGUAGUUUCAGAACCCCAGGGAAGCAGAAGACCCGUAGAGACAGAUGGGGGUGCAACCACCACCACCACUGUCACCCCAGAGCCCUCAGCAGACCGCCUGUCAGGAGAGCAGACCAAGGAAAAGUCAGAGGAGGGAAAGAAAGACGAGAGUGACGGGCCAGCGAGGGUGAAGAUGCAAGACUCCGCUGCAGAGGAGGCUGCUGACAAGAUGGAGUUGGACCCUAGCCUCUCAGACUCAGGACAAGACGAUGAAAAAGGGACCUGCAGCAGCCCGGGGACCGAGACGGAGACGACGUGCGUGAGGCAGGAGCUCGGUGAGGGGAAUGCGAGGCCCUUCAACUACGACGUGGUGGACGUGGCCCAGGGCUUCCUGACGCGCGUGGCCUACGAGAAGAAGGUCAAGUCCUCCAAGCUGGACGGUCUGCUGGAGCGGCGCGUCAAGCAGCACGCCCUGGAGGAGAAGCAGAGGGCUCAGGUCUCCCUGGCCAGGCCUACCCCAGCGAAGACCACCCCGGCCCUGCCGCAGUCCCCACUCCAGCCCCAAACUCCGACCCAGGCCCAGAGUCCCACAGUGAAAUUGGAGUUCAGCACCCCUUCGGUGCCACCUGCGCUUGCUCCGUUGUCAGUCAAAGGGGAGGUGCAGGCGCGCCCUUCAAAGACCGCUGAGGGGUUCCCUCACCCAGCCACAGCGACCCCAGCCAAAGAGCCUGCAGCUGAAGCAUUCCCUAGGACACAAAACCAAAUGACCCCCCAGAAACAGGAGGGAGACCUCCCUGAGAGGACUAUAGGGCCCACAGGGGCCGGUUCAGGGCAGGAAGGCCUUAAAAGGCCCAGCAGCACAGCGGAACCAAUGGAAACUCAGAGUUCAGGUGGGAUCCACUACACUGGCAGACCAUCAGAGUCUACCAGCGACAUGCCCGCUUCCACCGAGGGUGCAGGACCUGAAGUGGCCAUUUUUAAACCCCACUCCACAACAAUUCCUCCAAGCAGUAUAACCCAGGAGGGCAGCCAUAGUGCAGCUACCGUUCCUAAACCUCCCCAGCAAAGCACAGAGAAGAACGGGAAGGGGCCCGAGGAGAGGCAGGGCAACAGACAGAGCAGCACUGAGGCCAUCGCCACUGGGUCCCAGCCCUCCUCUCUACCUCAGAUCAAUGGAAAUGACAGCAUGGAGGCUAAAGCCUUGAUCAACUCUUUACCAACUCCAAACGAGCCCUCCAACGCUCACACUAACAGCUCUGAGGUCAAAGUGAACAGCCUAGGCAAGGCGGAGGGAGAGGGUCAAGUAGUCUCGCCCCUAAAGCCCCUGCUCAACGGCAAUGUGGCCCCUGUACCCGAGAGGACCGGGCCUGACAGCACGGAACCAAGGCCAGCUCUAAGGGUAGAGGUGGAGAGCAAGGUCAUAGUGUCGGUGCAAGACUGUCAGCCCCCGGUGAAGGUGGCCAGGCUGGAAAACAACAUGGAGGCGCUGGGAUCUACGACCACCCAGCAGCUCAACAACACCCAGCCCAUGGAAGUUAAGCCUGAUGCUGCCACGCCCAACAAAAUGUCCCCCUCGUCGGUGCGCUCUGCGGAGGAGAGCAGCAACAGUGGGGUGGGAUCCCUCUGUAAGACCAUACUCACCCAGGUAACCACCACAACAACCACCACGGUAUCCACAGAGUCUCGGCUAAUGGCGGGGGUCUCAAGCUCUUCGGGGACGACGCCCGCGCCCAUUGUCUCAACCACCGAGAGCAACGCGGUGUCCACGCUCACCACCAUGACCAAAACCACUGUGACCAAAAUGCGCUCACCCACGCCCGACAGCCAAUCGGACGAGAGCCAGAGCGAAACGGUGACCGAGUACAAGACCACGCUCUUCGCCGCCCGCAAGGAGUCCUCUCGUUCAACCUCCUCUGUUUCGGGGGUCGUGACCUCGUCGACCUCCACCAAAGGCCGCGUUCGCCUCCUCAAGUUCUCGCGCACCAAGAAGACGCGCUCGGGAACCGCCUUGCCAUCCUACCGCAAGUUUGUUACCAAGAGCCAGCGUAAGAGCAUCUUUGUCCUCCCCAACAACGACCUGAAGAAGCUGGCACGGCGGGGUGGCAUCCGUGAGGUGUCCAUCUUCAGCUACAACGCCAAGCCGGCCCAGGACAUCUGGCCCUACCCCUCGCCCAGACCCACUUAUGGCAUCACAUGGAGGUACCGUCUCCAGACAGUGAAGUCCCUGGCAGGGGUCAGUCUGAUGCUGAGGCUACUGUGGGCCUGUCUGAGGUGGGACGACAUGGCCGUCAAGCCCUCCGCCGCUGUAGGCACCACGCGCACAGCCCUAUCCCCACUCAUUGCCACAGAGACCUCCGAGACGGAGAUCACCACCACAGAGAUUAUCAAGCGCCGGGACGUGGGGCCCUACGGCAUCCGCUCGGAAUACUGCAUCCGCAAGAUCAUCUGCCCCCUCGGCACUCCCGAGACCCCGAAAGAGACCCACACGCCACAGAGGAAAGGCCUGCGCUCCAGCAACCUGCGGCCCAAGAAGCCGGAGCCCAAAAAGGAAACUGGGCCGGUGGUGAUUGAGUCCUGGGUGGCCGAGGAGGAGCUGGACCUCUGGGAGAUCAGGGCCUUCUCCGAGAGGGUUGAGAAGGAGAAAGUCCAGGCGGCGGAACAGGCUAAGAAGCGUCUGGACCAGAAAACAGGCACUGGAUCUACCACCGUCAUCACCACGGGGAGCUCAGCCACCCCCGCUUCCACCCCCAAGGUAGUGACCCUGUCGGGCCAGGCCACCCCCGGAACCAAAGUAGUACUGGCUACCAAGAUGGGCACCCCCGUCACCUUCCAGCAGAACAAGAACUUCCAGCAGUCGUUUGCUUCCUGGGUCAAGCAGGGGCAGCCCAGUGGAGCCUCGCCGGGCACGGUGGCCACGACGGCCGGACAGACUUUCCAGAUCACGGGCACGUCCAUGGGGGGCAAGGUGCUCACCGCCAAGCUGCCGCUGCCCGCCAACAGCAAGAUUGUCACUGUCAACGUGCCAACCACUCAAGGAGGUAUGAUUCAGAAGCAGGUGCUGGGCAUCAUUCCCUCAAGCCAAGCUGGCGGCGCCCAGACCUUUGCCUCGUUCCAGCCUCGCACCACAACCAUAAACAUCAGGCCGGGCAUGCCAGGCUCACCACAGCAGGUGCUCACCGCUGGAGGCCAGAUCCGUCCGGGGAUGACCGUGAUCCGAACGCCCAUCCAUCAGACAGGCGCCAUGGGUAAAAGCAUCCUCCGAACCCCCCUCAUGGUGCAGCAAGGUCAGGCGGGCCAGCAGGUGGUGACCCAGAUCAUCCGUGGGCAGGCCGUGUCCACGGCCAUCUCAGGUGCCAGCCCCGUCACCACCGUGGCCGGACAGAGGAUGGGCAGUGCCCCCAAAACCCCGGGCCAGCCCAACACGGCCCAGACGCCGCAGCGGGUACACCAGGGCCAGGUCAAACUCACCCUGGCACAACUCACCCAGCUCACCCAGAAGCAGCAGAGCCAGGCAGUAGAGCGGCCAGGCGGCGGGGCCCAGGGCCUGACGGUGAUGAUCCAGGGCCAAGGCCAGGCCACGGGCCAGCUGCAGGUCAUCCCCCAGGGGGUCACGGUCAUCCCCGGGCCCGGUCAGCAGCUCAUGCAGGCGGCCAUGCCCAACGGCCAUGUCCAACGCUUCCUCUUCACCCCCAUGGCCCCUGCCGCUACCCCAACCUCCACAGCCCCUACCGCCCCGGGACAGACCACCAAGACCCCUGCCCAGCCCGCCCAGCAGGCUGCAGCUCCAAUCCAGGCCGGCGCCACCCUGGCCACCAGCACACCCCCAUCCGCCACCCCCCAGGGCCAACUCCCCUCCCAGACCCAGGCCCACAUGCCCAUCCAAUCCCCCACCCCCCUCCAGGUCAAGUCCCUCAAACACCCCCCCGGCACCCCCACGGGCCGGCCCCAGCAGACCCUUCAGCUCCAGGGCUCCCCCACCAGCUCAUCACUGUCCCGGGCCUCCAGCAACAGGUCCAGGUCCUGGCUCAGCUCCAGGCCCAACAGGGGACCUCCGGAGGCUCUCUCCCCCAGCAGAUCAAGCUCCAGCUUCCCAUCCAGAUCCAGCAACCCGGGGUCGGUGGAGCCCAGCCUGGAGGUUCGAUCCAGAACGUGGUGGCCAUCCAGACGGCCAGCGUGCAGGAGCAACUCCAGAGGAUCCAGCAGCUGAGGGAGCAGCAACAGCAGAAGAAGAGGCUGGCGGCCGAGGCCAAGCGGGAGCAGGCGCUGGCGGCGGCCAGCCAGAGCGACAUCAUCCAGAAACAGGUGGUGAUGAAGCAGAACGCCGUGAUCGAGCACCUCAAGCAGAAGAAGCCCAUGUCCCCCGCCGAGAGAGAGGAGAACCAGAG